CCAAAUUACUUUUUAAAAAAAUUGUCUUUUCAUAUUUAUAAAUGGGGAGAUAUCCAUGUUGUAAAGUUGAUGAAAAUUUAAAGAAGGGGCCAUGGACAAGUGAAGAAGAUGAAAAAUUGAUGGAUUAUAUUACAAAAAAUGGCCAUACUAAUUGGCAAUUAAUUCCUAAAAAAGCAGGAUUAAAUAGGUGUGGCAAAAGUUGUAGAUUAAGGUGGACUAAUUAUUUAAGGCCUGAUAUUAAAAGAGGAGAAUUCUCCAUUGAAGAAGAAGAAAUCAUCAUUAACCUACAUUCUCUUCUUGGAAACAAGUGGUCAAAAAUUGCAGGUCAUCUUCCUGGAAGAACCGAUAAUGAAAUCAAAAAUUUCUACAACACUCAUUUAAGGAAAAAACUACUAAGAUGGGGAAUCGACCCAAGGACUCAUAAACCAAUUUCUGACCUCAAUCUCCUCAUAAAUCUUUCUCAUCAAUUUACUUCUAAACAUAAUAUUAAUCAUCAUAUGAUGAAUAAUCCUAAUUUUCCCUUAGCAUAUGCUCUUAAAUUACAAGCACAAGUCACAGAAAUAGCCAAAAUUCAACAACUAGUACAAAGCCUUUUUACACCUAAAAAUACAAAUAAUCCACUUUCUACCAAAUUUCAAGAAAAUUAUUUUGCAACAAGUUCAGGCCAUGUUAUUACAAAUAAUGUUGCUACAAACACCCAAUUCUUGAAUUCUUUGCUAGUAAAUUCAUGUGGUACAAUUCAAAAUUUGGAUAAUUCUACUUCUUGUAUUUCAAAUUCAUCAGAAUUAUCUAAUUAUCAAAGUGAAUUAAACUCAAAGGUGGAUAAUUUUGAAGGACUAAACAACAAUUCAUCAAAGACAAAUUUAGAUUAUAAUAACUCACUUCCAUCACUAAUUACUCCUUCUUCUCCAGAUCAAGCUAAUGAUGCUCAUGUUAAUCAAGAUUAUGACCCUAAUACAUUCUCACAACUUAAUCAUGAGGGUAUUGAUGAUUCCUUCUGGAAUGACAUUUUUCCAUAAUGUGUUUGUUUAGUUUUUCUAAACUCUCUUGUAUUUAGUUGCUCUAAAAUCUUGGUGGAUUUUUUAUUUUUUAUUUUUGUGUGUGAGGAGGCUUUAUUUUGGUGAGUAAAUA